CCCUUUUGUAGCCGGGGAGGCUGAGACCUGUGGGGGUGAAAUGAUUUGCCCCCGAUCCUUCAGCGCCAUUGGUGAAGAGUAUUUGGGAGCCUGACCCUUCUGCUUCCCCAGCCCUUCUGACGCAGGCUCUGUACCUCCCCUUAAAAGUCAUUUUCCUGAUGGAGGAAAUACUUUGUGCCUGCCACUGUGCUGGAACUCUCAUGGGGAGAGAUGGAGAGUAGACAGUUUCCCAAGUAUCAGAACAGAUAGUCAGAAGUGUCUGCGAUGGGCAGUGGCUGACUGGGUGAUCGGGGAAGGAUUUUCCGAGAAGGUGACAAGUAGGCGGACCCUUGAAUGAGAAGGCACUACCACCUGAAGCUCUGGAAGAGUGUCCCAGGCAGAGGGAACAGCAAGUUACAAGACCCCAACAGGGGACCAGUUGAUGGGAUGGGAGAGCUGGUCAGAGGACUUGGUUUCUACCGUACUUGGGUUGACGUCCAUGCUUCUGUCUUCCUCCAAAUUACCAUUUACAGCUCGCCGCACAACACUUGUCCAAAUGGCUAGUGGGGGGGGGGGGAGCAGGAGAAACCCCCAUCCUCCUUGUCCUCUCCCUGAGGGUUUGGCUUGUGAGCAGAAGUUAUUUUUAUGCAAACACACGCUUGAGGGCAAAGUCUCAGGGUGGACAGCUGAACCCACACUCAUCCACACAAGACCGAAAUGGUGCCGUGAGUUCCCAAAGGUGGUCUGACAUUUUAAAGGUUCUGCUCCCCCUGAAGAGGAAACAUUUGAAAGGAACACGAGAUGUAAAAGAAGAAACCUUCACGGGCGUCUCCAAGGAUGGAAUGCCAACCCAUCCCUCACUGAGACCAUGAUCUCUUCUCAUCCCUUGGAUGUUUCCGUGUUCUCCAGCGAGAAUUCUUCCCCUUCAUCUUGUGCCAUGGGAAAAACCUGAAGGGCAGGCAGAAUUGUUCCCAGACUUGGGGAUUUUUCUGAGGUUUCAGCGGCUCUUACGGGACAUGACAAUUGGAGAUCACUUCUUUUUGUUGUCUUUCAGAGUCGAACCAAAGAAGGCACUUCCUCACUGUCUAGUGCUUUGGCUCCUGCUCAUUUUUAUAUUUGUUUCCGUUGCUUGUGCCUUAAAACCAUCUUACGUAACCAGAAGACAUCCUUAAAAAGUGUUCCCAGCGCGACUUGCAUGCAUCUGGGCUCCGCAGGGGCUCUCCCAUGGCUCUGUGGGCCAGCAGUCCAAGGGCAUUACCAUGAGGCACUGCAUUAAUUGCUGCAUACAGUUGUUGCCCAACAACGAGCACAAACAGCAGGUUGGCUGCGGAGGAGGCCCCCUUCACAGUCACCCGGAGUGCCCCGCGUGCAAAGGAGAGAACAAAAUUGUGCUUCGUGUGGACGGUAAGCAGAUGAACUUGCUUGCUGUUCUCGAGGUGAGGGCUGAGGGCAAUGAGAGCUGGGGCAGGUUUCUGCGCUUCAAGAAGGGGAAGCGAUGUAGCCUGGUUUUUGGAUUGAUGAUCAUGACCUUGGUGAUGGCAUCUUACAUCCUUUCUGGGGCCCACCAAGAGCUUCUGAUCUCCUCACCUUUCCAUUAUGGAGCCUUCCCCAGCAAUCCCAGCUUGAUGGACGGUGAAAACCCGAGUGACACGAAACAGCAUCAUCACCAACCCUCUGUAAAUAAUAUUUCGUACGUGAAAGACUACCCAAGCAUUAAAUUAAUUAUCAACAGCAUCACAGCCAGGAUAGAGUUCACAACCAGGCAGCUCCCAGACAUAGAAGAUCUCAAGAAGCAGGAAUUGCACAUGUUUUCGGUAAUCCCCAAUAAAUUUCUUCCAAAUAGCAAGAGCCCCUGCUGGUACGAGGAGUUCACGGGUAGGAACACCACCGACCCCUACCUCACCAACUCCUACGUGCUCUACUCCAAGCGCUUCCGCUCCACCUUCGACGCCCUGCGCAAGGCCUUCUGGGGCCACCUGUCCCACGCCAGCGGGAAGCACUUCCGCCUCCGCUGCCUGCCGCGCUUCUACAUCAUCGGGCAGCCCAAGUGUGGCACCACCGACCUCUACGACCGCCUCCGGCUGCACCCGGAAGUCAAGUUCUCCGCCAUCAAGGAGCCCCACUGGUGGACCCGGAAGCGCUUUGGAAUCGUCCGCCUGAGAGAUGGGCUUCGGGACCGCUACCCCGUGGAAGAUUACCUGGACCUCUUUGACCUGGCCGCACACCAGAUUCAUCAAGGACUGCAGGCCAGCUCUGCAGAGGAACAGAGCAGGAUGACUAGGAUCAUUAUCGGGGAGGCCAGCGCGUCCACCAUGUGGGACAACAACGCCUGGACGUUCUUCUACGACAACAGCACGGAUGGAGAGCCGCCCUUUCUGACCCAGGACUUCAUCCAUGCCUUUCAGCCAGACGCAAAACUGAUUGUCAUGCUCAGGGACCCCGUGGAGAGGUUGUACUCCGACUAUCUCUACUUUGCAAGUUCGAAUAAAUCUGCUGAUGACUUCCACGAGAAAGUGACAGAAGCUCUGCAGCUGUUUGAGAAUUGCAUGCUCGAUUAUUCCCUGCGUGCCUGCGUCUACAACAACACCCUCAACAAUGCCAUGCCUGUGAGGCUCCAGGUCGGUCUGUAUGCUGUGUACCUUCUGGACUGGCUCACCGUGUUUAAUAAAGAACAGUUCCUCGUCCUUCGCCUGGAAGACCACGCCUCCAAUGUCAAGUACACCAUGCACAGGGUCUUCCAGUUCCUCAACCUCGGACCCCUAGGCGAGAAGCAAGAGACCCUGAUGACAAAGAGCCCCGCGUCCAACGCGCGACGCCCCGAGGACCGGAACCUGGGCCCCAUGUGGCCGGUCACCCAAAAGAUCCUGCAGGACUUCUAUGGGCCCUUCAACGCCAGGCUGGCCCAGGUGCUCGCGGACGAGGCGUUCGCCUGGAAGAAGACCUGAGGGUCGGGGUCCCCCUGCGGUUUCCACGGUUACCGUGAUUUAAAAAUCUCUCUUUGGGGGGCGGGGCCCUCUUCCUCAACAGCGUGGAGAAAACCCCCAGAUGAUUCUUCUUCCCCUCCCUAGGCACCUGUUUAGUAUAACCGUUUGUGGUGUGAAACAACCUGGCAACUGACCCUUCACGGGGCUCCGCCAUCCCGGGCCAUUGGAACCUCCACUUGGGAACCGUUCCCUCCUGCGGCACAGUGGCCGGGCCGCGGGGUCCAGGCGGG